UCAGCAGAUGUCACUGCUGUAUUUUGGGCAGCGGCUGCAGGAGGCGGCGCAAACUGGACAGGAUAAGGAUGUCAGAGACCUGAUGGCCAAUGGGAGUCCGUUCACCACCGACUGGCUGGGCUCAUGACCGUUGCAUCUCUCUGCUCAGGACAGUCACUGCUCCAUCACAGAGGCGCUGCCAUGUGCCGGUGUCAGCAGGGACGCCCGAGCCAAGGUGGACGAGACCCCUCUCCACGCGGCCACCUCAGAGGUUCACUCCAUCAUAGUGGGCGCGCUAGUGAAGAACAGUGCCGACAUCAACAUCAAAGACACGCUGAAGAUGACGGCGCUGCACUGGGCGCCUCAGCACGGCCACAGGGAGGUGGCCGAGCUCCUGCUGAGGCACAGCUCAGACGUCCACUGCCUCAACAAGUUCAACAAGACGCCCUUCGACAUCGUCAUGGAUACCAGCAACACUGAGCUGAUGGACGGCAUGCAGAACCAGGUAAACCUGAACCCAGAGUCCCACUACAUCAUCCCUGCUGGUGGACUGGUACACCCCCUCAAAACUCAUCACCAGAACCAAGACUGCUGCAGGCAAAUCAGGGGACGCCACGGCUGCCGGGUGGUGGGCGUCGGUGGGCAGAGGGUCAUCACCAUAGUGACGGACCAACACGGCAACCAGCAGCCCUGGGCCAGCAGUUCAUCGUCACCCUGCAGGGGCAGCAGAGUGAGUGGGCAGCACGCGGGGGCUCAGUGCUGUGGAAUAAUGAUCACCCUGACCUAA